CCAGACUGGAGCUUCACUGUUUGAGCUUGUGUGAACUUGAACUUUGUGAACAUCAGAGCCAGUCUAUUCAGCCAACUUCCACUGACGAGGUGGUGCCAGGAGUAUUUUUUGCCAGGAGGUGAACAUCCAGAGUGCUCAGCUACUAAAGCAAAGCUCCACUGACAGGACAGCAUUCUGUUGAAGCUCCACAACGCUCCAACAGUAAGACAUCCUCAUCGAGCGAUUAUUCCCGGGCAGAUCUCCACUUACCACCUGAAACGGUAGUUUCCAUUUUGCGUAGGAAUUCUCUUGUGACAAGCGUAAAGAUGUCCGUGAAUGGUUGCUGCUUCGUGGUGGCCGCCAUCCUACUGACGCUACAUCCGGCAGCAGCCGUCAGCUUCCCUGAAGAUGACAAGCCCGUCAACACCAUCGAGUUCCACUUUUCGAGACAACACCCAUUGUUUAGAGGUCGAGUCUUGGCGAAUGAAUCUGUCCAUCGACUGGAUUACCAGCUUAUGUUGAAAAUUGAGAACAUGCUUUACAUUGCUGGCAGGGACCAAGUCUAUGCUAUUAACUUAAACGACCCCCCAAGAAGUGAAAUCACUUCUAACCAGAAACUAACCUGGAAGUCAAGACAGCAAGACAGGAGUAACUGCGCCAUGAAAGGCAAGCAUAAAGAAGAAUGCCAUAACUUCAUCAAAGUGUUUGUGCCCAAAACUGAUGAGACUGUUUUUGUCUGUGGAACAAAUGCUUUUAACCCCGUAUGCAGAUAUUAUCGGUUGGAUACGUUGGAUCAUAAUGGCGAAGAAGUCAGUGGUUUGGCACGAUGCCCGUUUGAUGCCAAGCAAACCAACGUUGCCCUCUUUGCUGACAACAAGUUGUACUCAGCAACAGUUGCAGAUUUCCUAGCCAGCGAUGCAGUCAUCUAUCGCAGCAUGGGCGAUGGCUCAGCUCUGCGAACGAUAAAAUAUGACUCAAAAUGGAUCAAAGAGCCACACUUCCUACAUGCUGUUGAAUAUGGAAAUUAUAUCUAUUUCUUCUUUAGAGAAAUAGCUGUUGAACACAACAACCUUGGAAAGGCUGUUUAUUCUCGUGUGGCGAGAAUUUGUAAGAAUGAUGUGGGAGGAUCGCAGAGGGUGCUGGAAAAACACUGGACGUCGUUCCUAAAAGCCCGAUUAAACUGCUCCGUUCCCGGAGAUUCGUUCUUCUACUUUGACGUGUUGCAGUCUGUCACGGACAUUAUCCAAAUCAAUGGGUACCCGACGGUUAUUGGUGUAUUUACAACGCAACUUAACAGUAUCCCUGGCUCAGCGGUGUGUGCCUUUAAUAUGGAUGACAUCGAAAAAUCAUUCAAGGGCAGGUUUAAGGAGCAAAAGACCCCUGACUCUGUGUGGACUGCAGUUCCAGAAGACAGGAUACCAAAGCCAAGGCCUGGUUGCUGUGCGGGACAUUCACCGGCAGAAUCUUACAAAACCUCCAUCGAUUUCCCCGAUGAAACGCUCUCCUUCAUCAAAUCCCACCCCCUGAUGGACUCUGCCGUCCCCUCACUCAUCGAGGAGCCCUGGUUCACCAAGACACGUGUCAGGUACCGGCUGACUGUCAUUGCCAUCGACAACACCGCCGGCCCGCAUCAGAACUACACCAUCAUCUUCAUUGGUUCGGAAGCGGGCAUCCUGCUCAAGGUGCUGACCAAAACCAGUACCAGCUCCCUCAACGACAGCGUACUCCUGGAGGAAAUGGAUGUCUUUAACCCAUUAAAGUGUAGUUCUACGAAUGAAGAUGACAGGAAGGUGCUGGGGCUGCAGCUUGAUAAAGAUCACCAUGCCUUGUUCGUGGCAUUCUCCAGCUGUGUUAUUCGUGUUCCUCUCAGUCACUGCGAACAUCACGGCACGUGCAAAAAAGCUUGCAUCAGUUCAAGAGAUCCCUACUGUGCGUGGCUGGAUAAUAAAUCCUGUGGAGUUGUGAAGCCUGGCGUUCACACUGGGUUUGAACAAGAUGUGGAAUCUGGCAGGACAGCGCAUCUCGGAGAAUGUCACGAGAUCCCAGUCGCUACACCAGAUUACAAACCAUUUGGCGACCCGACAGCUGAAACGGAUGUCCCAGCAGCAUCUGCUUCCACUGCUCCAACUGACCCGAUAGUAUCUCCAAAUGUGAUUGCACUGCAAGAUGAUGAGGAGACUUUUGAUUAUUUUGAAACAUUAUCCGCUGUCCCCAAUGGUGUGAGAUGGGAUGUGCAGGCCGGAGACGCGAAUCAAAUGGUUCACAUGAACGUGCUGAUCACCUGCGUCCUGGCUGCCUUUGUCCUGGGAGCCUUCAUUUCCGGCCUGGCUGUGUACUGCCACCGUGACACCUACCUGCGCAAGGCGAGGAAGAUGAACAAGGACGCCGAGUCGGCGCAAUCGUGCACCGACUCCAGCGGCAGCUUCACUAAAUUCAACGGGCUCUUCGACAGUCCCGUCAAGGAGUACCCGCACAGCAUCGACACCCCGAAGCUGUACACCAACCUGCUGUCCAACGGCAAGGAGUUGCCGCCCAGCGGCGACCCAAAGACCAUGAUCGUGGAUAGCCACGGGCAGCCGCCCGAGCUGGCGGCCUUGCCCACGCCAGAGUCCACGCCCGAACUCCACCAGAAAGGCAUUCAGCCCAUCAAGAACCAGUGGGAAAAAGCCCAGAACAACAUUAACGCAGCCAGGAAGGAAUCGCCUCUGAAGAGCCCCCAAAUCAUCCCAUCGAGUCCCACGCCCCACUCGCCCAUCAACCACAACGGCCAGAUACCCAGUGCCAUGGUACUUCCCAAUGCCACCCAUGCCUACAACAUGUCCUUCUCAAAUUCCAAUGCCCACAAGGCAGAAAGGAAGGUGCAGAACAUAGAAAUGUCCAUCCCAAGCCAUUCUGGGAAGAAGGAACAGCAACGAGCCGUUGAGGCAAGGAACACAUUGAAUGACCUUCUGAAACAUCUCAACGAAGGUGGUACCAACUCGAAAGCCAUCUUGGGGGACAUACCUAUGACUCGUCAAAAUUUAAUGCUGGGUCCAAUGUCCAAACUAGUAGAGGUCCCGCCCAAAGUCCCAAACCGGGAGGCUUCACUCUAUUCGCCUUCCUCGACUCUUCCGAGACAUAGCCCCACCAAGCGGGUAGAUGUUCCGUCAACCUCCAACAUCCAACUGUCGAGUUUAGAGAGAGAGAGGGAUCGGGGCUAUCCCAGAAAUUCGUCGCAGAGGCACUCCAUAUCGGUGCUCCCCAAAAAUGUUAUCAGCUCGUUGAACGGAGCCAUGUUGUCACGGCACCCCAGUUUUAACCGGGGGGGCUAUUUCCCCCCGGCGCCGCCCAUGAGGAUGGAUUCUGUGCACGGGACUCCGCUAGUUAUUCAGCCCACCUCACUGUCCCGCCAGAGCAGCUACUCAAGCAGUGGCACUCUGCCCAGGUCGGGAAUAAAGAGAACGCCCUCCAUAAAACCAGACGUGCCACCAAAACCAUCCUUUGGCCAGCCCACGUCCCCAGUCACAACACUGCAGAAGUACACUUACUAACAGGGCGAGCGGCCUAAAGCUAUUUCUGUUUCUUAGCUAAUGUGAUGGUGGAGGACAUUUGAGAUCAGCGUUGCUUUGAAACUACCAGUGAUAAUGCUCGGAUGGACAUGGACAACAUGUGGCCAAAUUUCCUCACUCUGUGUCUGCACUCGGGGCGAAGGCGCAGUGACCUUCUGCCGGGGCGAAGAAGAUGCCAGGUAACGUCACGCAAUACUGUUACAAGUCGGAGACCUUGGAGCAAGGGUUUACCCUGCGAUCUCUGCAUCAAACUAGAAGGAAAUACUUGAACAACGUACGGCUCCAUUUUCACUGCUGUUGACAUUGACUCCCCAUCUAAUGUGAAUGGUAUUAAUGACAUUUAAUGCAUUUGUCUUGUUGCUUGCACAAAUGUUUAAUGACUUUUCUCAUGAAACUUCUGAUUUCAACAGAUGUGCUUUUUUGGUUUGACAAACAUGCCACUCUAGCCCCAUUGUAGCAAGGACAAGUACUUGGUGGCAUUCCCGAUUAGCGAAUGUCCCGAUUAGCGCUGUGUGGCCCACACAGACGGAGGAUGCACUUAAUGGUUCCUGUGGCAGCUGUUGUUGUGUCGUGUUGCCCGGUGUACUGAACGCAACCAACGCAGCCCAAUCCUGUCCCAACUGCAACCCUACUCGGACCAUAUCACUGUGUUGAGUGCAGCUACCUGUCUACAGACAUGGACCUCUGGGCGCCAUCCACGUAGCGUACAUCCAAUGUGGCGCCCAUUCCAUACCACGUCUGGACCAUUGUAAAUUCAUACAGUCAGUUUAUCUUUGCAGUCCGUAGACAAGGAGCUGUCCUGCCACAGAGAAGGGCAGGACACAUGUUAACGGAGAGUGCAUUGGCUUUGGUAAGGAGUGUUCAAUGUGUUGGGUAGGGCAACCAGAAGAGUCAUGCAGGUAAUGACAAUGUUCUGUAAAUAGCGUAUUUGUUCACCUGGAUUCUGUGCAGUUUGUGCCUUAUUCAAUAAGCAUUAUUCUCAUCAUCGAUAUUGAAUUCUUGUCACUUGUUCUUGAAAAGAGAAGCUGCUUCCAGUCUGCCAGUUGUAUUUUUUUUUUUCCAUUGUUUUUUUGUACAAAAUGAAACAGAUCAAACCACGGCCUGAAAACGUAAAGGCUAUUUGCAGCCAAUCGAUACGCGGGGUAAGAAACGGACGAUCAAGAAAAUGGUUAUCUUCCUUCCUUCCCCCCCCCCCCAUCCUCACCCUCAACCCCCCCUACAUUGGGAAAAUGAUCCCAUUGCAGAACAAGAGGGUUGUGUUAAACGAAACACAACAUGAGCUGGACAAAAGGUUAGCCGGUGUACCAUUUACCAUCAUGUAAGCGCACCUGGGCGCACAGGUAACCUAUUCUUCUUACUGAUACGGUCCAUGCUCGAGCUGCAUGGCUUCAAUACUAACUGCAUCAAGCUACAGGUCAUCACGGAUAAUGUGGAAGAAUGCAUUCACCGCUACCAAAUCCACGUGAUGCUGGAGUGACCUUUCCAGCCAAUGAACAAACCGUCACAAUCAUUUCAAUACUUUUAUAAUUACAAACUGUGACUUUGCCCCCAUUCUGCCUAAAAAAAGAGUCCAAAACAUUUAAAACCACCGCUGUAUAUUGCUGUUUGAGCAUUUGCUCCAUUUUAUGUUGUCAUUUUUAACUUCCUGUAUCGCCUUGACAUUAAAUUCACCAACUCCCUUCUCCAUUUGUAUUAAGGUGAACUCAAGUCGUAUCUCUCUAUGGUACAUUGGCAAGCUAACUCUUUAAAAAAAAAAGGUGGUUGUUGUUGUAUAAUGUCCUAUGAAGUAACAUGUAUAGAAAAUCCUUGUAAACUUGUACUGUGGAAGUGUACAUAACAUACAUUUUGUUUUUAACACCGCAUGUAAAGUCAAAAUAAAAGAAUCCAAUAGAAUGUUUAA